UAUUAAAGCAAUUCAUAAUCGUUGGAGUUAAAAUAAACACCAGGUAUACAUUGGCUACGUUCACAAUAUCACGUCUCCUAUUAAUUGUACUGGUGAUGAUUUGUAGGUAUACAGAAUUAUACUAAAACCGCUUAAAAAAUAAUUGUAUAACAUAGUUUUGGUAGUUAUGAAAAGGAUGAAUUGGAUUAUAGGGUGGUAAACAUUCUGUGUAAAAUACUACGAUAAAGCAGUAAUGAUUGCACAAGAAGUUGAUGAAAAUAAUAUGCCAUUACAAAAAUCUUCAUCAAACAAAAUUAUGUACAAAAUAGCUGCUUUGGAACUAAAACACGAAGAACGAAAAACCCUCAUAAAUCGAUGGGGUUCAGAAAAAUGUCAAUUAUAUAACCAAAACAUUUUGCUCAAAGAUAAACUACUACAAGUACAAAAUAAUGAAAUAAAAUUACAAUCUAAACUUUUAAACAACAAAAAACAACGGAGUUUAUUAGAAAUUGAAAAUACUCAAUUAAAUGAACAAUUAGAUCAAAUAAAACAAAAAAAUGUUUCACUAGAAUUUCAAGUUCAAGAAAUCUCACAGUUACGACUUAAGGAACUAGAACUGGAAUCUAAAAAUGCACAAAUUAUUGAUCUCUUGCAAAAAAUUGAUUGUUUGAAAAAUGAAAAUAAGUAUCUUAGAGAGCAAAACAAUGAAUCUGUUAUUGAGCUUAAAGCAACUAAAAUGAUAGAAAAUAUGGGUACUGGUAGGUCAUUUGAUAUUCACGUCAGUAAUUUUUUAAAAGAAAAGAAUAGUCCUAACUGCUCUGCCAACUGCUUUUGCAAAGUAAAAGAAUUGACUACCAAAUUGUCUGUUGAGGAAAGUGGAAGUGAUUGUGCAAAUACAUUUGAAACGUCUGAUUCUGACUUUGAUACAUGGAAUAAAGUUGAAAAUGCACAAAAAUCAGAUCACAAAUCACCUCAGACACCAUCAAUGUUUGCAAAAAAUAUAAAAACAACUCUGCCUUUUCAGUCACAAAUUGAAUCAUGUGAUUUAGAUAAAUUAAUUGACUGUAUGGAACAUUUGAAACAAAUGCCAAAAUCAGAUCAUGAACAAAACGAGUCACUAGAAAUAAGAAAUUUUGUUGAAUCUCCAGAUAGUUUUAUGACUUAUUCAACUGAGAGGCCAUUGAAUAAACAAUUUGAAAAUUCAAUAGAAACAGAAUUUAUGGGUUCUACUUUGAUAGAAAUGACAAAUGGCAGCGUUGAAAAAUUGAAGCAAAUGUACAAUCAGUGUAAAUCAGAAAAUCAGAAGCUCCAAUACAAGUGUGCAAAGAUUGAAAAGUUCUGGGAAUCUAGGUACAAUGAAGUAUGUGAAAUAGCAGACAAAGCACUUAAUGAGGCUGAACAGUUGAAGGAUGAAAAUACUGACCUGAAACUUACUAUGGAUGCCUUGCGCAAUGAAUACUUUGAGUUUGAAGAAUAUUGUUUACUUAAAUUAGAAGAAGAGCGUAAACUAAAUGAAUUGGAGAAAAAAGUUAGUAAUGAAAAACUGAAUAAUCUAGAAGUCAAGAUUAAAAGCUACAUUGAUAUGUUAGGAGAGACAACUGAUAAUAAAUUGCCUUCAAUUGACGAACAUGUUGAAUUUGAAGAACAAAUCAAUUGCAUUCAACUAGAAUUUUCGAGUUACUGUAUGAAGAUAGAAAAAGAAAUGGAAAACCUUAAAAUUGAAAAUGAAAGAUUAAAAUCUCAAAUUGUUAUUCCAGUCGACAAAGUUGACCGCGAAGGAGCAAACAGUCAAUUCAAAGAAGAAUAUGAGAAGUGUCUAAAAAAAGAAAAAACAAAUGGUGAAUUUAAGAACAAGCAGUUUGACUUAAAAUAUAAUCAUGAAAAAUCAGGAAUGGAAUGCCAAAGUCUAAUGCAACAAAGGAACUUACUUAGAGAUGAAAUUUUCCAAUUAAAAGAAUAUCUUAAUUUUCUUUCAGUAAGCAGUCACCAUUGAUGUUGAUGUCUAUUUUAAUAAUGGAAAAUCAGCAAGUCAUGUAAAAAGUUUUUGGGUCCGAUUUAUAUGGAACACCGUCAACUUAAAACAAGAUGUGAUAACUUCAUGGCACAGUUGAAUCUCAGUAUUGAAAACAGAAAAAAAUGUGAUUUGUCAACUCAAACCAAAGACAAUGAUUCUUGAACAAUUUCCAUAAAUUCAAUGACUAUCCGGAAAUCAGGAGUAUUUUUAAAAGAUUAUGACUUUAGUGAAUAAUAAUAUUGUGACCUAAAAUAAUUUUCAUAUGCAUUUGUG